CACAGCUCAGCUAUGAAGAUACGGUCGCCUUCUUCUGUGUACCUGAUCGAGAAUUAGCCGGUGGAGAGCACCUUAUCGGCUUUCAACUCCUCGGUUCACCGCUUUUUGAUUAAAAUAGAGAAAAAUGUCAUCAAUGGCGGGAUUCUCUUUCCUCUCGCCACUCCCUGUCGUGACAGCACCUUCUCGGUCGUGCUUUUCAUUUGCGAAAUCUGGCAGAAUCAAGUGUCAUUACACAAUGGAGGAGUUAGAAGUAACUGACAGAGUGCAGGGUAAGCAGCUUAAUCGGCGGGACAUUCUUAGCUGCUUCACCACUGUGGUUGGCUUGGAAAUGGUAGCAGGCUCAGGAUCACUAACCCAAACUGCCAUUGCUGCUGAUCUCAUCCAACGAAGACAGCGCUCUGAAUUCCAGGGACACAUCAAAGAAACCCUUUCCAAUGCAAUAAAGGAACACCUUGAGCUUUUACCAUCCAUACUGAAACUAGCACUCAAUGAUGCUGUAACUUAUGACAAGGCUACGAAAUCAGGUGGGCCAAAUGGUUCUAUUCGAUUUAGCCAGGAGAUUAGUAGACCAGAGAAUACUGGACUUUCGCCCGCUUUAGAUCUUUUGGUGAAGGCAAAAGAAGAAAUUGAUUCCUACUCAAAAGGAGGCCCCAUUUCAUAUUCUGAUCUCAUCCAAUUUGCAGCCCAAGCUGCUAUUAAGAACACCUUUCUGGCUUCUGCAAUUCGCAAGUGUGGCGGAAAUGAACAGAAGGGGCGUUUGCUAUACACUGCAUAUGGUUCCAAUGGCCAGUGGGGCUUAUUUGACAGGCAAUUUGGUCGAACAGACUCUCCAGAACCUGACCCGGAGGGGAGGAUUCUUCAAUGGGACACAGCCUCUGUUCAGGAAAUGAAAAAUAAAUUAUCUAGCAUUGGCUUUGGACCACGACAGUUGGCGGUUUUGUCUGCAUUUCUUGGUCCAGACCAAGCAGCAGUAGAGAAUAAACUUGUCACUGAUCCAGAAGUGCGCCCCUGGGUCGAGAAGUACCAGCGCAGCAGAGAAACUGUUUCUCAAACUGACUAUGAGGUGGAUCUUAUUACUACUCUUACAAAACUAAGCUCCCUAGGUCAGCAAAUAAACUAUGAAGCCUAUACAUAUCCAGUUCAGAAGAUCCAGUUGAGUAAACUGAAGUUAUAAAUAGCUUGCGGUGGGUUAGUGUUUUUCUGUCCUCAGAAUUCUGAGCUAGGUGUUUUAAUUUUUAUCAACUAUAUGAAGUGAAUAGUUUUAUGUUUUCUUAUGCUGGUUUUAUCAUUUAUGCAAUCAUUGUCAUUUUUGCCAUCGUUCGUUAUCAGGCGAAAGCUCUGGCCAUCAUUUUGGAUUUCUGUAAUAGAGAAAUAUGAGAAGCUGUUUGUGCGAGGUAAGUUCUUAA